AUGAAUGAUCUGGGAGAACCUCAAGAGUUCCUCGGAAUGACGAUCAAACGAGAUAAAGAAAACAAACAUAUAACGAUUGUACAAGAAAAAUAUAUAGAUAAAAUUCUUAAACGAUUUGGAAUAGAAGAAAUGCACCCCCAACGAACUCCAAUGAUAACAAAUCAAGUAGCGAACCGAGAAAGAAAAUUACGAGAAGAAUCCUACGAAGAGAAUAUCUUAAACGAGACCGAAACAUUAACGAAUGUACCAUAUAAAGAGGCAGUAGGUAGUUUGCUGUAUUUGGCGGGUGCAACUCGCCCAGAUAUAGCAUUUGCAGUGAAUAUGGUAAGCAGGCACCAAAUAAAUCCCACAGAACAAGAUUGGAAAAUGAUAAUACGAAUCUUUCGAUAUCUGAAGGGAACGAAAAAGUUGGGCCUGAGCUACACGGCGAAACGAAACGAUCUGCAGGCAUUUUCAGAUGCUAGCUUUGCCGACUGCAAAGGCUCAGUCACCACUAGCGGGUACAUAAUACAAUUAUACGGAGAUACGAUAUCCUGGAAGACGCACAAACAAAACUAUGUUGCCCUUUCGACAUGUCAAGCAGAAUACGUUGCAAUGAGUAAGGCUUGCAAAGAGCUUGUUGCAAUGAGUCAAUCAUUGAAACGGAUACUGUACAAGAGUCCUUGCCCAAUGCAGCUUUGGUGCGAUAAUAAAGUCGCUGAAGCUAGUACGAAAAUAAGUGGAGGCAGUACAGAAAAGAACGAGUGA